AUGCAACGGCGACGGUCCACACCCCGAAAGCACUACGAUUCCUCCGGGUCCCCCCUUAUCACAGACAGCAUUGGUAGUGGCCACGCCAGUGCCGCCAACAGAGCUGCAAACACCACGUCUUCCCGUCGGACGAGCGCGGGCAUCGAACUGCGCGAGCUACCGUCCCACGCCAGCAGCAGCAGCAUCAGCCGGCCAUUUCACCGCGUCGCAGACGUCCCGGAUAACGCCUACUUCCCACCAUCAUACCACGCACAGCGCGUGCCGUUUGAGGACACGCCGCUCAUCAUGAAGCCACUCGUUAGCGCCGUGCAGGCUUGGUCUUGCUUCGUCAUCUCGGUGUUUGCCAUAGUCAUCCUGUCCACUUUAGGCCUGCUCUUCCGCGGUAACCACCAUGAGAUGGUCGGUGGCAUGAAAGACCCUGAGAAUGGGCCGGAAGUUGCGGCCACCAUCUUUGUGGCUGUUCUGGUUUACGCUGGGUUUUUGGUGUUCUGCGGCCUGCAGGGAAUGAUGCAUCUUCGUGAGAAUCGGCGAGGCGCAAUCGCAUUGUAA